GCAUGACGCAAUAUUAAAAAUGUUCCACGUAAGAUAUGACUAGCGCAUUGCCAGCGAUAUGCAUUAGUCACGAAGAUAAUAACGUCAUGUGUAUAGAUCAAUAGAAACGUUAACGUUACGCGAUAAGUCGUAAUUUUAUCAUCUUUAACUGUAUGUUACGUAUGCAUUUAUAUUUAUAACUAUACAGUUAUGUAUCUCUAAUUUUAUGUUGAUAAACUUAAAACUUAUGCUAAAUAUACAUUUUUAUCUAAAAGAAUAUUAUUCAGAAUUUUACAAUACAGCUGCAGAAUAUUUUACGACACGAAAAUAAUACGCAUAACAUUAUAGAAUGUAUAUGAUAGAAAUAUUAUUCACUCUUGCAUGUAUUUUUCAAGUAAAAAUAUUAGAUAAACUUGUCACAAAUUGUGAAAUAAGAUUUUGAGCUCGUAACAAACAAGAUCAUUAAGCGGCAUGGUUGUUGCGCAACAAUUGAAGAGCUUAUAACUUUGUAUUUUUAUUCGAAAAGCGACUUAUGCCAAACUCGGUGUGCGCGUCACCGAUACACGUACAUGUACAUCCAUAGAUUGCUUGUAACGCUUAUAUCCUCCACAGGACAAGCGUCGACGUGCGCGUGGACGUACCCGCGUGCGACGUGGCUGAUGAAAGCGGAGCAACCAUCCACCGAUCCGGUGAUCCAGUGAUUCGCGGUUCAUCCGUUGUUCGAAUUAAGCGCCGACCGCGAGACGGGGCGUCACGUGGCCACGAAGCCGGCCGAGCGCGCGAGCAGCCGAGCCGAGGUUAUAAAUAGCGAACGACAGCGUGCGGGGAGCCUCUUUCACUUCCCGCUGCGCGCCGUGGCGCCUCUGCCCGUUUGUUAGUCCCCGAUCAUUACGCGGUGUGCCGUGUGCCCGUGCGAAGCCCUCGCGAUCCAGCUCGAUCCUCUUCGAUCGCCAUUCGCCGCUCGGUCACUCGCAGUACCUGGAACCCGCGGGCCCGACGAUCCCCGUGCACAGCUCGCACCGUAGGGGUAGGCGACCGUCCGCGCGACGAACGCAGCAGCGAUUCGAUUCGGCGCGUCUAGCACGACGAGGCGAGGAAGUCGCACGUGGAAGCGCCGCCUCCUUGCACGGUGAAACGGGAAACUCGGCGGGGGAGCAAAGGCGUCGCAGGUAUCCUUGAGUGGCGAGGGUCGCGAGGACGGCAACGGCAACGACAACGGCGGCGACGACCCCGAAACGCAGGAAAAUGCCGGAGACCGCGCACCACAUGAACGGCUACGCGAACGGCCACGCGCCGCCCGAGCUGCAGCAGGACACCACGUUCCUGUUCACCUCGGAAUCGGUCGGCGAAGGGCAUCCAGAUAAAAUGUGUGAUCAGAUAAGCGAUGCCAUUUUGGAUGCACACUUGAAACAAGAUCCCAAUGCUAAAGUAGCAUGCGAAACCGUAACAAAAACUGGGAUGAUACUUCUAUGCGGGGAAAUUACAUCAAAAGCUGUAGUGGAUUAUCAAAAGAUCGUUCGAGACACGGUGAAUCACAUUGGUUACGACGAUUCUUCAAAAGGAUUCGAUUGGCGUACGUUGAACCUUUUGGUGGCGAUCGAACAACAAUCCCCAAAUAUCGCGGAUGGUGUCCAUGCGGAUAGACAAGAAAUGGACGUGGGUGCAGGUGAUCAGGGUUUAAUGUUUGGAUACGCAACUGACGAAACUGACGAAUGCAUGCCACUGACAGUUGUAUUGGCGCACAAACUGAAUCAGAAAAUCGCUGAACUAAGACGAAGCGGUGAAUUAUGGUGGGCUCGUCCGGAUUCAAAGACACAGGUGACUUGCGAAUAUAUCAUGGAUCAUGGAGCUUGCGUACCCAUAAGAGUUCACACUGUUGUGGUGUCACUGCAACAUAGCGAAAAGAUUGGUCUAGACGAGCUGCGUAAGGCAGUCAUGGAGAAGGUAAUCAAAGAAGUGAUACCGGCAAGAUACCUGGAUGACAGAACAGUUUUCCAUGUGAAUCCUUGCGGGCUUUUUAUUAUUGGAGGACCACAGAGCGAUGCUGGCCUCACUGGACGAAAGAUCAUUGUAGACACGUACGGUGGUUGGGGAGCGCAUGGUGGUGGCGCGUUUUCCGGCAAAGAUUUUACGAAAGUUGACAGAUCAGCUGCGUACGCCGCAAGAUGGGUCGCCAAAUCUUUGGUAAAGGCCGGUCUCUGCAGGCGUUGCCUAGUACAGGUCUCCUAUGCCAUCGGAGUAGCAGAACCAUUAUCAAUCACAGUUUUCGAUUAUGGUACAUCCACGCGCUCCCAGAACGAGCUCUUAGAUAUAGUGAAUAAAAAUUUCGAUCUGCGACCCGGAAAGAUCGUCAAGGAGUUGAAUCUUCGCAAUCCUAUCUAUCAACAAACCAGCACGUAUGGCCAUUUCGGACGGGACGGGUUUACAUGGGAGCAACCAAAAAAAUUGAUUCUCGAUUGAUGAGAGAGUGGACUUUAAAUUGUUCUCGGCGUUUCUGGAUUCAAACGCCAGAUAAAACAUCUGUCUCUCUUUCCCUCUCUUUCUCUUUCACUGUCGCUAUCAUUCUCCCAGUAACCAUGUUGUCUCGUAUCGCCCGAGAUUCUUCAAUCUCCGUGUUGCAAUUAUCACCGAAUCCACCGAUUCCUUAUGCCAAUACUUAGCAGUAGCGACGGCCGGAAGCGAACAGUUCUCCUUCCGGUUCUCUUUCCUCGUGCCGUGGAGUACCAAGUUAUUAUAUAUAUAUACAAUAUAUGUAUAUGUGACGACAGGCAUAGUACAAAUCUGAUCCCGACACGUGGGUACGGACGGUCGUGUUUCUUCCUUCACUUCUCUCGGAAUCGAACUUUCAGGCGGUGAUGUCAUGCAGCACUCGACAAACAUCUAGAUAUAAUGUAGGUAGUGUGCAGGGAAGGGGGUAGAAAACUGAACUUAUCGUUGGGCUCAUUAGAAAAUCAGUCGGAUAACUCAAUGGGGCAACGAUGAAUUGGUCGUAGCUUUGUCGCUGAUGUACGAUAUAUGUAGAAGCAAGCAGAAAAAGGAACUAUUGUGGCGAAUCAACGACGCGGUUUCCCUUCUAAGAGUGUAUAAACGGACGCUACAUCAAUACGGCACCAAAAACAAAAAAAGAAUUGAAACAGCAAUCUUGUAGAUUUUUAGCGAUAUUAGUUCCCUCCACGUGUACAUGUACAUGAAAGUUCGACAUUGUCUUAGCUAUAGUAAAUUGAUUUUGGAUUUUUAAUUGAGUUGGAAUGCACACAACAAUAAGCGGGCUUUAAAAAGUUCAUGUUUUAUUACGCUUAUACCGAUCGAUCUUUCGUGUAAGUAGUUUCAAUAGAACUAAUUAUUCGAGCGAGAAAAGAAAUGUAAAAAAUUUAUGACGAUGUAUCCUUGGCACACGCGUACGUAGCAAAGGCGGGAAAUGACGUUCGUAUAUGAAUGUGAUUCACAUUGUACGUUCACGCGAGUUUGUGCGAAAUAUAGUUGUGACAUAAUUGUCGAUGGAAAACAAUCAUCGAAAUUAUAUACAUCGCUUAGGAUAUUUAGAGAUCAUCAGACUAGUCUAGCGAAUAAGCUUCGUUACAGUGUACACGAAUAUGCGAUAUAAUACGAUAUAAAAUAAAGCAAGUCCGCGAAAACGUUCAUUUGUUCACUUGGCGAAAUGUACGGUCAUUUCCACCUUUGCUAUUCAGUUUUAACUACGUAUAAUCGCAACAGGUACAUAUUUAAAGAGACUCGUUAACAAUUCAGUCCCAGCAGAGGUCCAGCACAGUUCGUGUGACGGAGCUCGAAGGUGUGUAGAAUUUUUCAUGGUUUUGGUACCGACAAUUUGAUGUCAUUGUUGGAUUUUAAUGAAAAAAAACAAAAAAAAAUAGGUAGAGGAGCAAAUGUAAAAAAGAUUUAGUCACUGUCCAGAAGUCAUAUAUGUGAUUUGCCACGUAAUUAUAUUCGGCAGAAUGUAACAAUGCACACGAUCACGUAAAAAAAAAAGAACACAUAAUAAAACGGAUUUUUUAAUAAAAAGAAGAAACGUU